AGUAGUCCUCAGGCUGCUGCCAUUAAUACAAGUGUUCUGUGAGGAAUCCCCUUCUGGUCGAAGGAAAGCUCUUGCUACUAGCAGCAUCAAUAUGAAACAGUAUGCAAGCCCUAUGCCAACUCAGACUGAUGUCAAGUUAAAAUUUAAGCCAUUGUCUAAAAAAGUUAUAUCUGCCACACUCCAGUUUUCAUUAUCUUGCAUUUUCCUUCGGGAAGGAAAAGCCACGGAUGAAGACAUGCAAAGUUUGGCUAGUCUGAUGAGUAUGAAGCAGGCUGACAUUGGCAACUUAGAUGACUUUGAAGAAGAUAAUGAAGAAGAUGAUGAGAAUCGAGUAAACCAAGAGGAAAAGGCAGCAAAAAUUACAGAAAUUGUAAACCAAUUGAAUGCUCUGAGCAGCUUAGAUGAAGAUCAAGAUGACUGCAUAAAACAAGCAAAUAUGCCUUCAGCUAAAUCAGCCAGUUCUUCUGAAGAGCUUAUCAACAAACUUAACUUUUUGGAUGAAGCAGAAAAGGACUUGGCCACUGUGAAUUUAAAUCCAUUUGGUGAUCCUGAUAUAGCAGACUUAAAUCCAUUUGGAGAUCCUGACUCAGAAGAACCAAUUACUGAAACAGCUUCACCUAAAAAACCAGAAGAAUCAUUUUAUAAUAACAGCUAUAGUCCCUUUAAAGAGGUCCACACUCCACAGUAUUUGAACCCAUUUGAUGAGCCAGAAACCUUUGUAACUAUAAAGGAUUCUCCUCCCCAGUCUACAAAAAGAAAAAACAUAAGACCUGUGGACAUGAGCAAGUACCUCUACGCUGAUAGUUGUAAAACUGAAGAAGAGGAGUUGGAUGAGUAAGUACAUUUCAUCUUGCA